AUGUCCCAGCACCUGCUUCUCCCUCUUGCAAUCCUCGCCAUCAGUCCCAUUCUAGGAGCCUUCCAGGACUCAGCUCUCAGUCCUACCCAGGAAGAACCUGAAGAUCUGGAUAAGGAAGCGGGGAGGGACUGCGGUCGCCCUGAGCCCUCUGGCCGAAUCAUGGGGGGCUCAGACGCGCAGCCGGGCGCCUGGCCGUGGCAGGUGAGCCUGCAUCGGGGCGGGGGCCACAUGUGCGGGGGCGCCCUCAUCGCCCCCUCCUGGGUCCUCUCGGCCGCUCACUGUUUCGUGACGAACGGGACCUUGGAGCCCGCGGCCGAGUGGUCGGUAGUGCUGGGCGUGCAUUCCCAGGACGGGCCCCUGGACGGCGCGCAUGUCCGCGCGGUGGCAGCCAUCCUGGUGCCGGACAACUACAGCAGCGUGGACCGGGGCGCCGACGUGGCCCUGCUGCGCCUGGCCUCGCCCGCCAGGCUGGGCCCCGCCGUGCGCCCGGUCUGCUUGCCCCGCGCCUCGCACCGCUUUGCUCACGGCACCGCCUGCUGGGCCACGGGCUGGGGUGACAUCCAGGAGACGGACCCCCUGCCUGUCCCCUGGGUGCUCCAAGAAGUGAAGCUAAGGUUGCUGGGAGAGGCUGCCUGUCAGUGUCUCUACAGCCGGCCAGGCCCUUUCAAUCUCACUUUCCAGCUAUUGCCAGGGAUGCUGUGUGCUGGCUACCCAGAAGGCCGCAGGGACACCUGCCAGGGAGACUCUGGGGGGCCCCUGGUCUGCAAGGAAGGUGGCCGAUGGUUCCAGGCGGGAAUCACCAGCUUUGGCUUUGGCUGUGGACGGAGGAACCGCCCCGGAGUCUUCACUGCUGUGGCUUCCUAUGAGGCAUGGAUAAGGGAACAGGUGUUGGGCUCAGAGCCUGGACCUGCCUUUCCCACCCAGUCCCCGCAGCCCCAGUCAGGCCUCCCGGAGCCCACGGAUGAGAACUGCACCAUCGCCCUGCCAGAGUGUGGGAAGGCCCCGAGGCCAGGGGCCUGGCCCUGGGAAGCCCAGGUGGUGGUCCCAGGAUCCAGACCCUGCUAUGGGGCACUGGUGUCUGAAAGCUGGGUCUUGGCACCUGCCAGCUGCUUUCCAAGCCUCAUCAGCUCAGACCGCGCGCCCCGCGACCUGGACGCCUGGCGCGUGCUGCUGCCCUCGCGCCCACGCGCGGAGCAGGUGGCGCGCCUCGUGCCACACGAGAACGCCUCGUGGGACGACGCCUCGAACCUGGCGCUGCUGCAGCUGCGCGCGCCCGUAAACCUGAGCGCGGCCCCGCGGCCAGUGUGCCUCCCCCACCUAGAACACUAUUUCCUGCCCGGGAGCCGCUGCCGCCUGGCUCGCUGGGGCCGCGGGGAACCCGCUCCCGGAGCCAGCUCGCUGCUUGAGGCGGAGCUAUUGGGCACCUGGUGGUGUCACUGCCUGUAUGGCAGCCAGGGGGCGUCAGUGCCGCCGCCGGGAGUGCCGCCGCAAGCGCUCUGCCCCGCCUACCAGGAGGAGGAGGUGGAGGGCCGCUGCUGGAACUACUCUCAUUGGAGCCUCCUGUGCCGGGAAGAGGGCACCUGGUUCCUGGCUGGAAUCAGAGACUUCCCCAGUGACUGCCUGCGUCCCAGAGCUUUCUACCCGCUGCAGACCCACGGCUCAUGGAUCAGCCACGUGACUCGGGGAGCCUACCUGGAGGACCAGCUGGCCUGGGACUGGGGCCCUGAGGGGGAGGAGACUGAGACACAGACUUGUCCCCCUUACACAGAACAUGGUGCCUGUGGCCUGCGGCCAGAGCCGGCUCCGAUGGGGGUUCUGUGGCCCUGGCUGGCAGAGGUGCACAUAGCUGGAGAGCAAGUCUGCACUGGGAUCCUUGUGGGCCCAGACUGGGUCCUGGCAGCCACUCACUGUGUCCUCAGGCCAGGCUCUACAACAGUGCCUUAUAUUGAAGUGUACCUGGGCCGGGCAGGGGCCAGCCCCAUCCCACAGAGCCGCCAGGUAUCCCGGCUGGUCACCAGCAUCCACCUGCCCCGGCACCUGGGACUUCGGCCCCCCCUGGCCCUCCUGGAGCUGAGCUCCCGGGUGGAGCCCUCCCCAUCAGCCUUGCCCAUCUGCCUUCACCCAGGGGGUACCCCCCUGGGGGCCAGCUGCUGGGUGCUGGGCUGGAAGGACCCCCAGGACCGAGUCCCUGUGGCUGCUGCCGUCUCCAUCUUGACACCGCGACUCUGUCACUGCCUCUAUCAGGGCAUUCUGCCCCCUGGAACUCUCUGUGUCCAGUAUGCAGAGGGGCAGGAGGACAGGUGUGAGGUGACCUCAGCACCUCCGCUCCUGUGCCAAACUGAGGGAGGCUCCUGGGUCCUCGUGGGCAUGGCUAUUCGAGGCAGCCAGGAGCUAUUUGCCGCCAUCAGCCCUGAAGAGACCUGGAUCUCCCAGACAGUGGGGGAGGCGCAUUUCCUGACCCCCAGUGGCUUCCCCCACUGGCUCCCUGAAGGCGGCGACCUCUGUCCACCUGACCUGGCCAGUGCCUCAGGUUCCCCUCGGGCUGCUCUUUUCCUGCUGCUACUGAUCUCCCUGACCCAGGGCUGAGGGGGCCAAGGUCCCUGGGCCACCUCCCCUUCACCUCCCCCACCCCCUCCAGCCCUGCACUUCCCGCCCAGUGGGGCUGGAAUGUGGGCCAACCGGCUCGCCUGCCUUACCCAGAACCUCCAGAGCACCCCCACCCACCUAGACUGCAGCGGCUUUGGAUAAUUGGGCCUCAGUGCCCAGCUAUUUUGGGCCCUGGCAUUCUUAAGGCAGUGGGAACCAGCGGACAAUAAAGUUGUAAACAUGGA